AUGGAUUGGGAACAGAGCCUUUUUACCGCCGUGAAAAGGGGAGAGCACAACUGUUUUCAUUCUCCUCCAAAAACGACGAAACCUUCGCACACAGUUCUCUCCGACGUCGGCCUCUUAGUCAGAGAGGAUCCCACGAAGAUGGAUAUCACCAUUAAUGGCGUUACAGAGACUUGGAUUAAAGGGACUUCCUCCUCCGACCCAACUCCUUCCACUGUCAUUCCGAAGUUUUGGACCACGUGUCCCUUCUGUUCCGUGUGUUACAGAUUACAUAGAAGCUUUGUCUGCAAACAGACCAGAUGUAAAUCUUGUGGCAAGGAGUUCACGGCGCGUGAGAGACCUCUUCAAGGCCUUUCAUCUAAAGAUAGUACACCUAAAAGGAUACUGAGUCAAAUGCUCCGUGAAACACAUCAGUACCAUCCGGUUGCUUCUUUCAGUUCCGGUCCGAGCUUUUGGACUACGUGUCGAAGCUGUGGGUGUAGACGUCGUUUUCUUAAAGUGUAUCUGGACAAAUGGUUUGUUUGUACUCGUUGCAAGGAGGAAACCAUUGCAAUGGAAGUACUUUCGAGUUCAGGUGAGGCUCGGUUCGGCAAAUGGUUCCAAGAGUUUAGAUCCAUGUGUAAGAAUGAGGCAGCAUCUGUCUCUGGAAAGAAAAGCUCUCCUGGUUUGAGCUGUGAUGUGAAGGUUGGUGAGAAGAGAAAGAGGGAAGAGGUUGCUGCUUCGUUGCCAAGUGUCAUCAAUGCAAAUCAAACGUUAAAUGCUCUAGGAAGCUCUGGGAAUGAUAAGGUGGAUAACAACUCUGGUUCACGUGCUGAUCUGAAGUUUAACGACUUUGAUAAGCUGAGGGAAGAUGUAAACUUUGCAGUAGGCCAGGUAUGGGCUCUCUAUGAUACAACAGAUAAGGUUCCUAGACAGUAUGCUCUGAUUAGAAAAGUUACAGCUCCUUCUUUUGGGGUUAGAAUCACAUAUCUAGAGCCAGAUCCUGAUGAUGAGAAAGAGAUCCAAUGGUUUGAACAAGACUUGCUUGUUUGUGCUGGUAAGUUCAGGCUUGGGAAAAACCAGAACACUAAAGACCGUUCAAUGUUCUCACAUGUUAUCCACUGCAACAAAGGAGGAGGCGACUCUGAACCAGAUUCUCACCGCAAAUAUGAGUAUGAGUUUGUGGAGCUUUUGUCAGAUUAUUGCACUUAUGGAGCUGGUGUAACUGUUGCAUUCUUGCAUAAAGCAAAAGGCUUCGCAAGUGUCUUCUUUCGUAUGAGAAUUGUUGAUGAUGCAGACAAUUUUAACAUUUUACCUCAUAAUUUGUACCGAUUCUCCCAUAAGAUCCCUUCCUUCAAACUGACUGGAGUUAAAGGAAAAGGUCUGCCAAAGUAUGCUUACGAGCUGGACCAAGCUGCGUUACCUGCAACAAUCGAAGAGGUAACCGUCCCUUCACAUCGAUUAGUAGAGUUUGUAGCUCCAAAGCCAGAAGCUCUCUGCUUUCCUAUAAAUGGAAAGGUUUUUCAAACUGGUCAGAUCUGGUCAUACAUCGGAUGUGAUGAUAACAUGCCUAGGGAGUACUGUAGGAUCCAUAAGAUCAGUGUGACUCAAACAUUUGAGCAGGCUCCAGAUUACAAAAUAAUCUCCUAUCGGUUAAAGGCUAAGCUUCUCCCUGGGGAAGUCAUCCACUGGGCGGACAAGAAAUUACAUGUUAGUUGUGGAACUUUCUUGGUGAGUAAAGUUCAUGUAGCACUUGCUCCGGAUAGCUUCUCACAUCUGAUGGUGCCUGGAACCUCCAUGGAAGGAAAUGAAUAUACCAUUGUGCCCAAGAUUGGUGAAGUGUGGGCUAUAUACAGAUUCUGGAAUGGUUUCCUUGAAGAAAUCUAUGAGGAACAUGUCGUUGUGGAAGUUCUUGAUGAUGUCGCCUUGGACUAUAAGGUUUUAGCGUUGGAGCCUGCGUUGCAGUUUAAUGAAGACGAAGAGGGAAAGAGAGUUUUUAGAGCAGCUGAGAGUAGGCCACUUGAUUUUGAUGAUGGGGAUGACGUGAUAUUUACAAUCCCAAAGUCGAAAACGCUGAGAUUCUCUCAUCAGAUUACUGCUUCCCGGGUGACCAAGGAGAUAGAUGGAGAGUUGAAGGAGCUUUUUGAACUUGAUUCUACACAAGUGCCUCCAUUGUGAGGUUUCAAGACCGUUGAGCAACGGAUGUCAGAGAAGGAUGUUUCACUUUUGUUAGCUUUUGGUGGGUUCUGGCUCAAGGUUUGUUCUUGCUUUAAGAUCUAAAAC